AAUGUCUUUCCAAGACAUCAUUUAAUUAUAAUUACAAUUUACGUUGACCGUGACAGUAACCUGAGCAGGUAGGAAGGUCGAACUUGAAAGGGGAAGAACGAAAAUAUUGAGAUUGUACUUAUCAACGAAUUUCUUGCAACUUGAUGAGAUUAAAAGAAAUUCAAAUUGUUAGUAAUGACUAAAUUUCAAAUACAUUUUGAAGUUGAAAAUAUCAAAUAAACGUCAGAGAAAAAUGUCAGAAAAAUUUGAAAGUUCAGAAAAUGGGAAUGCACAACUUUCUUCACCUCAGAGUACAUCAUCAGGGUUAGAAAGUACAGAAUUGGCAGAGGAUUCCAUUGAUCCUAAACCACCUCUUAGUAGUUCUUGGAUAAAAUUUGGAGAAGAAAAAAGUGGAAUUGCAACUAUAGAGCCAUCACACAUUGUUCAAGUUAGUAGCCACUCUCACCCACUAUCUGAAGACUCGCAAUUUAAUCUGGAGGCAUUUGCUGACGCCACAGAAAGCAAUUUUUAUGAAGGUAGACGAUCAGCCUCUCCAAAAUCAAUUCCAGAUUCGUAUGUCCACAGUAAACCAUCUCCAUCGUGUACUAAAAGUACUCCUGCACUUUCAGUGUUAUCACCUCAGAUGCCUAAGAUUUCAAAGUCAACCACCAACAACCACAUAAAUAAUGUUUCUACCCAGAACGUUGCUCAGAAUUUUCAUAAUGACUUGCAGUCUGUGCCAUUAUCUGACAACACCAAUCAAACAUCACGACAUGGUCAUGGCAUUCAACAAGAUUUUAGUAAUGGAGAUAUUGUGGUCAAGUUGUUACCCAUGAACCAGAAAUGUCCGUGGGUCACUAAAGCAGAGUUCAAACCAGAGCUUGUUCCUGAAGAGCUUAUGGCUCAAGGGCUUUCAUUGACUGUCGAAGACUAUGUGAUGGCCAUGCAAGUUUUAGUGAAUGAUGUUCGUUUCAACAUGUACAUCAUAUGUUACAAGCGUGUUUUGUUGAUUUGGAUAAUACUAGGUUUCAUCAUAUUACUUUCACUUCUCCUCUCUGGUGUUCGGGGUCUAGCUUUGUUUGGUGGGGGCAUCGUAUGGCUGGUUAUAAACGCAAUGGGAAUAUUCGUUUGUAUGUGGUUGAAACUUAAGUUAUACAGAAUGUUAGAGAGGUGCAUGGCAAGUGUAAACGCUUUGCUCUACAAACAAAACAUUUUAGUUGGACUACUUGAUAUUGGAAAGAUUUCAUGUCAUAAGAUCAAUCUAAUAUUCAUUUAUUUUGAUGUUUCAUACUGUCUGAAUUACUUGAAGAAUAUGUUAGAAAAUGAAGAGCCAGUUAGGAAAGAACAUGCCAGUGAAGUAAGUGUUAUCUGUUUUACAACUAUUCAAUAUGUUAGAGAAUGAAGAGCCAGUUAGGAAAGAACAUGCCAGUGAAGUAAGUGUUAUCUGUUUUACAACUAUUCAAUAUGUUAGAGAAUGAAGAGCCAG